AUGUCCGCACAACAAGGCAGCGCCGCAACCACCAAGGCCGCCGACACCAAGAACGGCGAGCAGACGCCCAAGGACCAGAAGCCCGCAACCCAGCUCGAAGAGGAUGACGAGUUCGAGGAUUUCCCCAUAGAAGAUUGGACCGAGGACGAUGCGCAAUUACCCGCCGGAGGAAACAACCACUUGUGGGAGGAGAGUUGGGACGACGAUGACACGAGCGAUGACUUCUCGGUGCAGUUGAGGGAAGAGCUGAAGAAGCUUGGACAGAAAUGA